GCUAUGGCUGGUGCGGUGGAGCGCAUACAUGGUCUCCCUGUUUUGCUUCCAUUUCAUGGAGUUUUUGAGUACAGCACUUUACAAACCUGAGUCUGUUACAUAUGAUUCCUACAUGAUAAAUCACUCCAAGGAAUAUACUGUUGCAGCAUU